AUGUCCUCAGACAAUCUUCGCAUUAUUGUUGUCGGCGGCGGCUUCUGUGGCCUCACGGCGGCCAUUGAAUGCAAACUUCGUGGUAUGCAUUCUAUUCUUGUCGAGGCAUACUCCGGUGCAAGCUCUCAUGGCGACCUCCUCGAUUUCACCCCAAACGGCGGCAACGUGUUUGAGUCUUGGGCAAACGGACGGAUCGGUGCUGCUCUCAAUGCCUCUGGAGUGAAUGCGGCAAAGUCCUUGGAUUAUUAUAACUCCCAGAAUGAGUACCUGCGUUCAGGCCCCUGGCCUCAGACAAAGUUCUCCAAGGGUGUCUUCGCGGGACACCGUGGAGCUAUGCACGAGAUUAUUUACAACUAUGCGAUUGAAAUUGGUGUCGAAAUGCAGUUUAAUAAGCGUGUUGUAUCCUAUUUGGAUACAGACCAGGAGCGUGGAGUAGUCCUCGCAGACGGCUCAAAGAUUCUAGGAGAUGUGGUCCUGGCCUGCGAUGGGCCUAAAUCGCUGGCUCGUGAGCAACUCUUGAACUUGCCGGAGAGUCGUGUCAACAGUGGCUAUGCCAUUUUCCGUGCUUUCUUUGAGAUCUCGGAUGAAAUACGCCAGAACCCUCACCUCAAGGAACUUGUGGACCCGGAGGAGGAUAAGACACGCUUUUGGGUUGGACGUGAUUUGCAUGGAUUUAUCUACACCUGGAAUAAGGGACGCGAUUGUGCUUGGGUCCUUACCCAUUUGGAUGAUGCAGAUAUUGGGGAAUCCUGGUCGUUGCCUGGCAAUAAGGAAGACGUGGCCAAGUAUUUGGAAAAAGCAGGAUUCCCUACGACCUGGAGCGAGCUCCUUAAAGUCACUCCAGCGAGCCGCUUGACAGAUUAUAAGCUGGUGUGGCGUCAAGGUGCUUGCCAAGCUGUUGAGGAUGCUGUGACUGUUGCAAUCUGUUUGCAGAAGUCUGGAGGAGAUGUUGAACUUGCAUUGCAGGUCUUUGAACGAAUUCGGUUCAACCGAUCCCACGUGAUUCACCAGGGAUCAAUUUCUACUCGCGACAUCUACCACAAAAAUGACUGGACAGUGGAUUUUGUUCGCGAACACCCGAACUCUCUGAUUAUGCCUUUCUUUUCAUGGAUCGUCUGCCAUGAUGCUAUCAAGAAUGCCGAGGAUAACUUCGAUCAUUUGGCAGCGGACGUCAAAUGCGGCAAGCAAGGAACUAUUCAGGAGCUGGCCUUACCGGCGGGUAGCAAUUAUGAUGCUAUGAGCAUUGAAAAUGCUGGGUCUGCCGAGGAUGGAUUAGUGGGAUUGGGGGCUAUUGGUUCGGUCUGA